UGCCACUAUAAAUAAAUUUCCUCCCCUCGAAAUAUAUUUUUAUUUCUUUGUUUAUGUGAAAUCAGUACCCACCAAAAAGCCUUAUUAAAUGUCAGGGGACAGUUUACUACGAGAUGUGCUUUUCAUACCAAAACAUCAUCAGAAGCGCGUGUCGCCAUCAAGAUUUAUAUGUUUGGUCCAUGACGAUUGGUUGCGAUCAUUACGUCAGGGCAUCCUACAGGACUGCCCCAAGUCAGUGCUGAUUGGUUCAGAUGAUGCAAGUCUGUUACUUGCGCCAUCCCACGAGUCUUUGCCCAAACACUGGGCUAGGGUCUCUAUCAAAAUAGUGCAUAAAAAUGACACCCUAUGCAAAAGAUUACACUCAGGUCCUUUUUACAACACCUCCCCAGUAAAGUCAUGUUUUGAGCAUUUAAAGCAGACAGCUCGCGACAAUUUCCGGAACCUUUGGGCAGAGGCUCAUCUUCGGUAUGGCCGCUAUGAUCAUGAAACAGUCAAGGAAACAGAGGAGAAAUUUACUCACAUAAUGCAAUCAUAUCUUCGGAGGCUGCGUCCAGAGGUCUACAUAUCGAUACCAUCUCAAAGCCAUGACAGUGAGCACCUGCCAAGCAACCAGCCUGGUCACCAUGACAACCCCCUUCGCAACAAUGCCAUAGCAACCAUAGCAGUAAUAGAAACCAAGAGCACAUUCUACAUAGUUCAGCCAUACAUUGCAUACUCAUUAUGGGACCUUGUUUCGUACAGCCCAGCUGUGUUUGAACACUCUCACGCAAAACCUUUGUUCAUCUUGUACCAGAUACUUCAAUCAAUGGGUCAUUUUCAUAACCUGGGUGUUGGUGUAGGUAAACUGACCCUUGACAAUGUUCGAAUAGACGAAAAGUUGUGGGUUUAUUGUACCCACCCACACUCAGCGUCUUUCCAGAUUUAUAAAGACCCAGGUCACAACACCGACUCUUUGAGCUCAACUGCUGCCAUAAACAAGAACAAAUCAGAAGACGAUUUUGCAGCAACCACUGUUCAAAUGGAUGAUGUUAGCAUUGGUUCAGUGCUUAGUGAGUCAAUAUCACUAAGUACUAGUGAUAUUGAUAGCUUGGCUUUCAGGCAGUCUUCACAUAAAAGUGAAGGAGAUUCUCAUUUAGCAGAAGCUCUGAAUGUUAUGGAUGAGUUUCGUGUUUUAAGCAUUGAUAUAAACAAUCUUGGUGCAAUAACGCAGGACUGGGUGAACCAUAAAAUGAGUAAUUUCAGGUACCUCAUGUAUCUGAACUUCUUAGCAGGCCGCCGUCUGGGAGAUCCCAACCAUCACCCUGUCCUGCCAUGGGUCAUGGAUUUUUCGAGUGCCCACUCCGGUCUCCGAGACCUUCGGAUGUCUAAAUUCCGACUGAACAAAGGGGACAGUCAGCUUGACUUUACGUUUACCUCCAUGACAGGUGUUGGCGAAGACAGCGAACAUGUUCCGCACCACAUCUCAGACGUGUUGUCAGACAUCACGUAUUACGUGUACAAGGCAAGACGCACUCCCAAACAUCUGCUGUGCGUAUACGUCAGAUCGAAAUGGGUUCCGAACGAGUAUCCAUCGAGUAUCGAGCGCAUGUACCAGUGGACUCCUGAUGAGUGUAUCCCAGAAUUCUUUACGGACCCAAGUAUUUUCUCAUCAAUACACGAGGAUCUACCGAGCCUUGAGUUGCCCUGGUGGUGCUCCUCUCCUGUAGAGUUUGUGGAGAAACAUAUCUCCAUGUUGGAGAGUAAACAGGUUUCAUCAGAGAUCCAUCACUGGAUUGAUACAACAUUUGGUUAUAAACUAAGCGGUACUUCUGCAGAGGAGUCAAAAAACGUACAUUUGCGUCUGGUUGACGGUCACACAAAGAUUCAGAACCAUGGAGUGUUGCAGCUGUUCCAACACCCCCAUCCACACCAGCUACAUGGUCACAAAACACUCUCACUGCUGCCUGUGAGGGUCAUAAAGUCUGGGAUGCGUUCAUUGUCCAAUGCAAGCUCCACAGACAGUCAAUUUGUUAGAGACCCAGAUUUUGAUACUAUCAAGCUUCCAGAGUACUUUGACCCAACAGCUGCUCUGGAACAUUUUGAGGCUUUACAUUCCUUCACAUUGAAUGCCAGUAGUGGUCUACCCCCAAAUACAAAUCGAGGAAAGACACGAGAGAAGAAAUUUUCUGACCUGCAUGACCACAUGAGAACAAUAUGGCAAGACAUGCAGAACUUUGCGUGUGUGAUGUGCGAGAUAUUCCUGGUGCCACAGGUGUUGGUUCAGGGUAGAGGAACCAGCUUGAGAGAUCGCUACAAUAUGAUUGGUCGACUUUAUGCCAAAAAUAGACACAAAAUACCUAGGGUUAUUCAGACAGCUGUGGUAAUACUUCUUCGUCUGAACGAAUUCUCAGAACUUGCUUCAGAUGACAAGCAAAUGGGCAACGGUUUGUUGUUUGAGUACCCAAUGGUCAAUUCUCUGGGUUUACCCCCACCCACCCCAGCACAGCUUUUACAGACGAGUUGUGACGUGAUCCCAUUCCCGCCAUAUUUUUCAGACUUGUUCGACAUUUUAAAUAAAAUAAAAACUAUCGACCUAGAAGUAAAUUCUGAAAUGAACUCUACAAAAUCAAGAGUGGACAAAAUCAAAGCUGAGAAAGUACUCAUGCGAAAGAAAGUGGAAAUAUUGGAAACCUAUUUACGAACAAAUCAUGGGAAACUCACAAAAGAGGGUUUUGAAUUACUCUUACCCUACAUCAAGGAAUUGUUUGGGAACUCUGUCACAACAGUGCAGGCAUCAUGGGCAAUUCUAAGUCAUGUAGGUCAAGAACUUGGUCCCAAAGCUUUAUCGAAGCACCUGCUACCAUUUCUUUCCCACGUCUUCAAUGGUGAGGAAACAACCCCGAAACAUAUGAAGUUGUAUCACAGGUCAUUCCUGGUCCAGUUGCUUCAAAACUUAGGUUUAGAAACUUUCCUACCUAACUUCAGUACACUGCUUGUGGAAGCCGUUGCAGGUUAUAAGAACUUUGUAGUGUUGCCUGACAACUUACAAGACGAUACGGAGGAAGGAGAUGAAGAAAUGUUUCCAAAUGGUGAUGGUAACGAUGUUGAUCAGUCUACAGUCUUGAAUGAUGAUGAUGCAGUGGAAGUUCAUGAACCAAUUGAGCAAAAUUUGGAUGCCAUUACUGAAGGUGAAGAUGAUGAUGUGAGACCAGACCAGCAGGACACUGAGGACACAGAUCCCCCGUAUGCAGACGAUUUAGACGAUAUCGUGGAUCCUGGAGAGGGAGGUUACUCUGGAGAGGGAAACAACUCCGGUGAGGGGGACUUUACAAGCUUCCCCUCUAUGGGACACCACAACCUGUCAGUGGACUCCCUCAGUACUGACCAGCUGUCGCAGCUGAGUGAAAACGAAGUUGGAACAGAUGAUGCAGGUGGAAGUGGAAGUCUGGAUUGUGCCUCUGUGCAUAGUGUUUCUCAUAUUCUGAAUUUGUCAGAAGAUUCAAGUGGAAGAUACUUGACCAAUGAAGACAUUUCUACUGAAAAGAGGGAGAAAAAUGGACAUUUUGUGCGCUUUGAGCAGGAGGAGCCUGACUUUGAAUUGGAUGACAAAUCAAAAGACAUAGAAAUACAAAUGGACCAAUCAAAAGAGACAACUAUUCAAAUGGACCAAUCAGAGCCAGAACAAAAAAUUCAAACUGACCAAUUAAAAACGAGGAAAAAUGAAGAAGAAAUAGAUGCUGACAGUGAGUCCAAGUCUGUUUUCAACAUGAUCCGAAGUGAAACAGAUGAGUUUCGACAGAUUCACCAAAGCCAGACAAUAAAUAUAUGUGAUGUUGCUGCAGAGAGCAUAAAAUGGUUGUCUCAUAGAUUGGGUCCACUUCUCAGUGCGAAAUACCUGUCCAAGAACUUGGUGCGGAUGCUGGCAUUGUGUUACCUUGGCGAUGAACAGAUUAUAGUUUUGCAAGAAAACAAUGCUGAUCUUCCCAAGUCUACUCGUCAAGUGCAGGGAGACCUGAACGCACAUAAAGUGCUGGAAUGUCUCAACUACGUGGCUUGUUUGUAUGGGGAGCACGUGAUCCUGAUCCAGUACAUUCCAUGCAUAAUUGACCUAAUCCAUGUUGCCAAGAAGCGUCUCACUAUCAGAGCGGAGGCGGGGCUGGUUGCUGCAGUGGUGUUGCUAAGGGAUGUCAUUCCACUGCUGUCAGAUAAAACAUUCCUUCAGAUGCUCCAAGACACUGUCCUCAUGGAAGCAUUGCGACCAAUCAUCAAGCUUGUCUCCACAUCAUCUAUCUCAUUUCCAAGUGGCCCCGUAGUGCGUUCGCUAAUCCUAUACAAGAUAAUUGAUGUCUUGUACAUCAUUGGACUGCGACUCGGCUUUGAAAUGACUCGGGAGAAGAUGACAAGGACGCUGCAGCUGUUCUUUCUGCCGUUUGAGCAGGUGUACUCGCCGGAGAACCCGAUACUUACCAGUGGCUCUGUGGAUAUCCUGAAAGAGUCGGGCAACAUCAGCGAAAAAGGUCUGAUGGAGAGUGGUUCAGUAGAUGACUCAUUCCUCCAAAUCAAGAUGGACGCUUACACCCAGCAGUACAUGAUUGGUUCUCCAGUGAGACUCGCGGCAAAAGGCAGCCCAUCUGAUCACAUGAUGCGAAAAAGCAAGAACCUUCGAUCCAAUUACAGUCUGACUGAUACUCACAUUAGUGACGACAGAGACGAUGCUGUUGAUGGAAAAUCUGCAAGUGAAGAGCUUCUACAGACAGAGUUUCGGCAGACAUACACCCCUGAGUUGGCUUUGGCAGCAUACAUUCCCCUCACCUCCGUGUUUGGAAGCCAUCAUAUGGAGGAAAGCCUGCCAAAUGAUGACCUGAUACGCAAGCUGUGUGCCCAGUUUGACAGUGCUCUCUACACCGACAAUGAGAACAUCGACAGCGAAUCUUGUGAAGAACACACGAAGGCGGACAAUGCCCCAGCAGUGAAGGGAGAUCUGGGCAGCAAUGUGGCCAUAGUUGGGAACCAAAUCUGUCUACAAGACUCCGCAGAGCUGGAAACCAUUCCAGAUACUCUUCAUCUUAGAAAGCACUUUCAACAUAGAGGGAUCCUGAGAAUAGAUCCGGAUGACACUAAAAGCACUGAAAUGGAGCAGAAGACACAACGUCAUCUUAAGGGUAACUGGCUGGCCUACUGGGAACACGAGCUUGGGCUGAAUGAGAGGGACACACUGUUCAACUUCAAACAAAUCAAACUACAGAUAUUUCAAGGUCAUAAGAACAGCAUCCGUUCUCUAACACGUUUAGACAGUGAGAACUCCUUCAUAAGUGCUAGUAAGGACACAACCGUGAAACUCUGGUCCAUUCAGAACUUUGGAGAUGGAAAUGGAAGAUGUCGUUGCCAGUAUACCUAUGGUGAUCACAAGAAGUCAGUGUUCUCUGUAGCCUACCUUGAGAACCUGAGGCUGGUGGCUUCAUGUGACAGCACUGUACAUAUUUGGGACCCGUUCAUGGGUGAGACAGUGCGCCAGCUGGAGUCCAGCAGGUACAGCCCAGUGAUUGCUCUCUGUCCCCUGCCAAGCCCCAGCAACAUGGUUGUCACGGCAACCACAGAUAACACACUCAGGUUUCUGGAUGUGAGGGCCUCCAGAUAUGCUCAUGAAUACAAAUGUGUCAUCGGCUCUCAUGGUGCCAUUCGUUCACUGACAACCAGCUCAGACGGGGCCUGGGUGAUGGUGGGUUUCUCCUCUGGUGUCAUCUCUGUCCUCAGCACCCACACUGGAAUGCUGCAGGGCUCCUUCAAGGCUCAUGAUGGGGAGAUCCUCCAGAUGAAAGGUUACAACAAGACAUGCUUUCUCUCGACUGCCUUUGACCUGACCAUGAAGAUGUGGAGUGUAGAGGGCGCAAGUUUCAAAGAAGUCUGCAGUUUCAAAGGUCAAACUGAACCUAUUCAUUGUGUCGGUUUCUAUAGAAACCAGAUAGUGAGUGCCACAACCAGUAACAAGAUAGGCGUGCACACGUCAGUGGAUAAUCAGGCUAAUUUUUCCUCAACGAAACUCCGUUCGGAGGUGUUCAAAGGGGUUCUCACGUGCAUGGAGAUCCUGCCACUUAACCGCACACUACUCCUAGGUGCUGACAAUGGACUCAUCCGGCUGCUGUGUUAACCUGCGUCAUGACCAAUUACAAGAAUGGAAUAAAUACACUACUCUGUCAACAUUAUUCAUGAAUAAAUAGACUACUCUGUUAACAUUAUUCAUGACCAAUAACAACAAUGGACUCAUCCCGCUGCUGUGUUAACCUGUGUCAUGACUAAUAACAACAAUGGACUCAUCCCGCUGCUGUGUUAACCUGGGUCAUGACCAAUAACAACAAUGGACUCAUCCCGCUGCUAUGUUAACCUGGGUCAUGACCAAUAACAACAAUGGACUCAUCCUGCUGCUAUGUUAACCUGGGUCAUUACCAAUAACAACAAUGGACUCAUCCCGCUGCUAUGUUAACCUGGGUCAUGACAAAUGACAACAAUUAACUCAUCCUGCUGCUGUGUUAACCUGCGUUAUGGCCAAUAACAACAAUGGACUCGUCCCGCUGCUGUGUUAACAUGCGUCAUGACCAAUAACAACAAUGGACUCAUCCCGCUGCUGUGUUAACCUGGGUCAUGACCAAUAACAACAAUGGACUCAUCUCGCUGCUGUGUUAACAUGCUUCAUGACCAAUUGCAACACUGGACUCAGUAUGCAGUUAUGUUAACAUGAGUAAUGACCAAUUACAAAAAUGGACCCUUAGGCUACUUAUGUUAACAUGGUUCAUGACUAACAAAUACAAUUGGCUUAGAAGGUGCAUUUGUUAAAAUGCGUAAAAAAAAAUCAUUUAAUAAGAGGGCACCCUUUUAUUAGACCCUCAUUAUAAGUAAUCAUUCAUGAAUUAGUUGUUGAAAGUGUUUAAGGUCGCGCACCCGUAAUGAUUUCCCGCGAUUUAUUUUACGAUCCUUGCCGAUCUUCAAUGAUUGGUUAUUUCCGAGAGAUGAAUUUUAUUUCUUUCAAACUUCGCAUUUCGAUAUAUUUUUACGUUAUUCCUUAAUAAUACAGUAUUUUCACAAUACAUAUCGACUUUGAUCCUAAUAUUAUCUGAAAAAAUGAUUUUCGCGAUUUUUUCAAAGAUCGAAGACCCUUUUUACCUUUUUACUUAUAAAUAUCUAAUUUAAGCAUUCAAAAAUUUGAAGUUGUCGUGGCCGAAUGGUUAAGGCGAUGGACUAGAAAUAUUUUGGGAUCUUCCCGCGCAGGUUCAAAUCCUGCAGACAUCGCAUACUUUUUGCGACACGUUUUAUUUCUUUUCUAACUUUAUUUUAUUUUAUAUAGCAUAUAGGCUAUGUUUAUUGUAAAUAUGUUGCAAUUUUCAUGCACAUUCUUCUUUUUUUUUCUAAUUAAAACAACGUUUUGGCUAAAUUGGGUAAUUUACUGCUGAAAAUACGAAUCAUACAUGUUCCAUUUUUAUUUUUAUUUCAAAAAGUAAACGGUAAAUCUGUCUAUUUUUUGCUGUAUAUAGUGUAUCUAUAAAAUCUAAGUAAAAAAUAUAAAUUAAAUGAUACUAUUUUGAAUUUAAUGACACUUUGUUUUUAACCGACCCAAUUUUUACUUGGCUGAAACCACUUACAUUUCAUGGCGCUCUUCCAUAGAUAAAAAAUUGUAAAAAAUAAAUGUCUGUAAAAGAAUACUUAUUUCAUCUUGUUUAAACUUUAAACACCUUAACUGCAUCUGUACACACCAACUGCAUGCCCAUAUUUGGAAAUUUGAAUGAAUUAUGGAACUUUUAUAUACCCCAGGGGUGAAAAUAAACUGGACAAAAGCCGAGCGUGGGGGUGGUUUUGAAAAAAUCAGUAUAUGUAUUUUUUUUAAGCAUGGAAAGCCUACCUAAAAAUUUGCAUGUAGUUCAGUGAAAUGAUACUGAUUAAGAAAAUAAUACCAUAGAUUAUAUUUGGAUAUGUGCCCAUUACGGGUGCGCUUCCUUAAGAUGAGCUAUUGUGAUCACCACAUGUCUGGCAUCUGGCCUGGUCUGGUGUCCUGUAUCCCAUGUGGGGUUUGUUUUAUCAUCUUUUAGCUCAUUACCACUCUAGAGGCAAAAUUUUUAUGUCCCCCACUAUAAUAGUGGGGGACAUAUUGUUUUUGCCCUGUCUGUUGGUCUGUUGGUCUGUCUGUUUGCGCCAACUUUAACAUUUUGCAAUAACUUUUGCUAUAUUGAAGAUUUCAACUUCAUACUUGGCAUGCAUGUGUAUCUCAUGAAGCUGCACAUUUUGAGUGGUGAAAGGUCAAGGUCAAGGUCAUCCUUCAAGGUCAGAGGUCAAAUAUAUGUGGCCAAAAUCGCUCAUUUUAUGAAUACUUUUGCAAUAUUGAAGAUAGCAACUUGAUAUUCGGCAUGCAUGUGUAUCUCAUGGAGCUGCACAUUUUUAGUGGUGAAAGGUCAAGGUCAAGGUCAUCCUUAAAGGUCAGAGGUCAAUUAUAUGUGGCCAAAAUCGCUCAUUUUAUGAAUACUUUUGCAAUAUUGAAGAUAGCAACUUGAUAUUUGGCAUGCAUGUGCAUCUCAUGGAGCUGCUCAUUUUGAGUGGUGAAAGGUCAAGGUCAAGGUCAUCCUUCAAGGUCAGAGGUCAAAUAUAUGUGGCCCAAAUCGCUUAUUUUAUGAAUACUUUUGCAAUAUUGAAGAUAGCAACUUGAUAUUUGGCAUGCAUGUGUAUCUCAUGGAGCUGCACAUUUUGAGUGGUGAAAGGUCAAGGUCAUCCUUCACAAGGUCAAGGUCAUCCUACAAUGUCAAACAUCAUAUAGGGGGACAUUGUGUUUCACAAACACAUCUUGUUCAUCUUGAAGAAACUUGGUCUGAAUUGAUAUCUGGACAAUAUCUAGGUGGAGUUUCACUUUGGGUCUCAUGCAUGUAACUUUGGGUCACAUGCAUCCAAAAAUUUAUUUUGAUAAUAUGUAAAUUGAGAUCUUAUCUUGGUCUUGUGCAUCCAAUAAUUAGGUUACCGGGUCACAUCAUCUUAUCACUUGAGAAGCUCAAUUCAAGACUCAAUCUUGCUAAAACUUGGUCAGAAUGUUCAUCUUGAGUUUACAAUAUCUAAGCAAUUACUGUCUCCCUUCCUUAAUGGUCAAGAUAUUACAUAAAUGUCGAGAUUCAUAUUCGGUCAUAAAACAGCUUUAAAUAUCCUGUCUCCACCAUAACUUAGCCAUAUAUUGACUGACUGUGAAAUAACUUGACACUCAUGCAAUCUAUCAUAAGACAAAAAGUUGUGUUUAAAACAUAGCUUUGGACAUUAAAGUUCAUGGUCAUUCUUAAGAAGUCAAAGAUCAAGUUGGCCGCUUAACAGCUGGUUUGCAUUGUAACUUUAUCAAUCAUCAUGCCAUUUUAAGGUACUUUCUAGGAAUGAUAACCAUGAGGCAGUUCGUGGGAAAGAUCAGUGUUCUUUUCUCAAAAUUCAAGGUCACACAUUAAGGUCUAAAGGUCACUUUGGCAAUAAAACAGCUUGAACCUUCCUCUCUCAGCUUUAACUUUGCCAUAUAUUGACGAACAAAAUAUUAUUAAAAAUAACAAAUUCCAUUCCUCGCAAGACAACCUGACGUGUGUUACACUUUUCUCUCUACCUCAAAUGUCAAGGUCAAACUUCAAAGAUCAAAGUUAGUCCAAAGAUCUAUGUUGGCUAUAACACUUUUUCAACUAUAACUUUGUUAUUGAUCAUGAUCAAUAUAGAUAACUAGCAACGUAUGACAACCAUGAUGACUGCAAUUCUUGUGAAAACUGUCUCAGAAGUCAAGUUCACAAUUAGAGGUCAUAAGUCAAUUUUGACCAUGAAGCAUUUUAUACAGGCUGUUACUUUUUAUGCCCCUGGAUCGAAUGAUUGAGGGUAUAUUGAUUUUGGCCAGUCUGUCUGUUUGUCAUUCUGUCUGUCUGUCAUUCUGUCCCAAAACUUUAACCUUGGUCAUAACUUGUGCAAUAUUGAAGAUAGCAACUUGAUAUUUGGCAUGCAUGUGUAUCUCAUGGAGCUGUACAUUUUGAGUGGUGAAAGGUCAAGGUCACCCUCCAAGGUCAAAGGUCAAAUAUAUGGCUUCAAAGCGGUGCAGUAGAGGGCAUUGUGUUUCACAAACACAGCUCUUGUUCAUUCACCAAUCCAAUUUUGAAACAUUUUACCACAAUGACUGAGGACACUGAAUGUCCCAUAUAACACCUGUCUCAUUACCUCACAGAUGAAGGGUCACACUUAGAGGUCGAAAUUCAAUUCUGACCAUCAACAGAUUGUGUUUGACAAAAGCAGUGUUUGUUAUACAAAAGUGUUUUGUGGUGUAGUCAGUGCGCUAUAGACGCAGGGGUUUGUUCAUUCAGGUCUAUUAUAGGGCCCUCUUACGAAUAAGGGACCUUUUAUCAGGUCUUCUGUAGCAGGGUUCGGUAUAAGGAGAAAUUAUACAGCCUUGAUAUAUGAGCUAGCUUUUAUAGCGAUGCGGUAGAGUGUCUGCCUGAUUUAGAACCGGGAGGUCCCGGGUUGGAUCCCCAGUAUGGUCGGGAACUUUUCUGGCUGAGUUACACUUCAACAAUUGGUGUCCUUUAACUCAGGUGAGCACUUUAUGACCAAUCUGGCCCUCUUGCAAAGUGUUUGGUUUUAACCCAUUUAUGCCUAGCAUCUAGAAAAAAGGCCUUGGCAAACAGCUAAGACCCAGAUGAGAAGCCGCAUGAUGCGGCGUCUCAUCUGGGUCUGCGCUGUUCGCUUAAAGGAAUUUCUGUAAGAAAUAUUCUAAAUUAUUAAUAGAAAUAAAUAUACUAGACAUCCCUAAUUUUGGAAAUAAAUUGAUCCAAUUAAUUAGAAUCGAAGAGUCCACUAGGCAUUAAUGGGUUAUGCAUCCAAAUGGCUUACAAGUGUAAAUGAAUCCUUAUGAAAGCUUAUUGAAACACUAUUUACGAUUUUAGCUAUUAGCUGAUUUUAACCCUUUAAGCGCUGGAACCGGAUUUUAAAGGCCUUUGCAAACAGUAUGGAUCCAGAUGAGACGCCACAGAACGUGGCGUCUCAUCAGGAUCCAAACUGUUUGCUAUUUUGAUAGUAUUCUUUGAAAAAAAAUGAAGAAAAUGCUAAUUUUAGAAAUUCAGCAGACGACAUUUUAGCAGACGACAAAUUUCCCAGCAUGCAAAGGGUUAAGACUAAGAUCGGCACAAUUGCUGACGCCCAUGACUUUCGGUAUUCCAAGCUGUUGCCAUGCUGUAAUCAACAAGAACGUUAAUCUAUAUCCUACUUAAGUUCCGAUUUUGGACAAUUAGGUCAAGUGACAAUCCCCACAAUAACUAGAGACAAUGAGAAAUGAUUUGUUCUACCUUUUGGGCUAUUUUUACUGUUCGUUUCACCGAAACUUGUGAAGUGUGGCCUAUUUUUCCACUAUAUUUGCCAAGAAUGGGUAUUGAAAGUGGUAUGCUGUGAAAUCAAUAGAUAGUAGAUUGUUUGUUGAUAUUUCAUUUUAUAUUCUCAGCAUGAUAACAGCUCUAAUUAAUAUUGUUUAAGUA